AUGCAAAUAACUGGUUUAUAUAAAGGAAGGGCAAUUAUUAUAAAAGACUCUUACAGUGUUAUAAAUAAGAAGCUUAAACUAUUUCCUGCUAUGUUUAACUUACAAACAGGACCGAAAGAAGUAUUUCCAUAUAACUACUACAGCAGUGUUUUGUUAGCAAAUGACAACAGAACUGGUGUCAUUUCUGAAGCAUGUAAGUUUAUCCAUGAUGCAGAUACAUUUAUGAAGAACAUAGAUUCCAUCAAAGGUUGCAGAAUAGAUGAAAACCACUUCGACUUAGAAAAAUAUAGCACGUUUUACUGCAAACAAGAUGUAAGAAUUUUAAGAGAAGGUUUUGUAAAGUUCCGCAAUGACUUAUUGAAAGAGUUUGAUUUAAACGUUUAUGACUACGUUAGUAUUUGUUCUAUUGCUAACAAAUUGUUUGAGAACAGAGUAUACUUCCCGAAUGGAAAUCUUUAUGACCUCUCAAAUAAACCAAGAGAAUUUAUUUCGAGAUGCAUUCAAGGUGGAAGAUGUAUGUUGUCAGAUAACAUGAAACAAAAGAGCAAAAAGAAACUCAUUGCUGACUUCGACACUGUUUCAUUAUAUCCUUCAGCUAUAGCAAGACUUUAUACUUUAGAAGGUAUUCCAAAAGUAUUGAAGGAAGAAAUGUUAAGCACAGAGUAUCUCAUGAGACAUUUAUUCGAUGACGACCAAAAGGAACCCAUUGGUGAAAAGUUUAUGUCUGGCUUCUUUGUUCUCAUUAAGAUAACAGAGAUUGGUAUACCCAGACACUUUCAUUUAAUAGUUUGCGACCCUGAACUAAAUCCAGAACUUAACGUUCCAAGAAGUUCAAACACUUGCUGUCUCAUGUAUGUUGACCAUAUAACAUUACAAGACCUCAUAAAAUAUCAAGGUGUCAAAUGUGAAGUGUUGCAAGGAUACUAUUACGAUGGAAACAGAGAUAUGAGAAUAAGAGAUGAAGUAAAGAAGUUGUUUGAGUUAAGGUUAAAGUAUAAGAAAGAAGAAAACCCCUUACAAGAAAUUAUAAAACUCAUUCUGAACAGCAUUUAUGGCAAAACUAUUCUAUCUCCUAUUGA